AUGUCACGGAUCAUCAAUCUUGUCCACGACUUGAUCCUCCGACGUGAUCAGGACGCUGAACACCGCGAGACCCUUGCCAUACAUAUUCGACAAGCCCGCGCGGACGAAGCGCAACAUGUUCUCGAUCUUCAGAGGCUACAAGCCAAGAAUGCGGACCUCUCGCGAGCUGCAGCAGCAGCUGAGGCGCAGGAGCGAGCACUGAAGGCCAACGUGCGCAAACUCGAGACCCAGGCAAAAGAACUCAGGGAGCAGAUGCUGAAGCUGAAAUCCACUCUGGAUCAAGUGCGGGUCAAAUGUCUGAGCGACGUCCGCAAGAGGGAUGCCGAACUGGACAAGCUCAAGGCGUUUUUGGCGGGAAUGCAGCGCGGCAAGAAGGACUCGAGCGGGAUGAAGAUCAACACAAUCAACUGGCAGCCAGAAGUUCAGGGUAGAGAAUUGCGCAAUGGACAGGACGUGAACAGCUCCGAGUGGAGCCUUGAGAAAGAAACCAAUCAAUUCCUUACUGAAUUGGUCAAUGAGACGAGUACAGAAAACGUGUCUCUUAGACGAAUAAUAACGGACACUAUGCGGAUUCUGCGAGACAUCAGCGGGCUGGAAGAUACGGAUGCUGGUGCAGAGCAUAAAGAAGUCCCGGAAGACGAGACAGAUAUAUCAGACCACUACCACAGCAUUCCGAAAUCGACUCCGCAACAGCCACAACCUGAAGAUCUUACUUCUUGUGACGAACUAGCUGAACAUAUGACUGCCAUUCUAGGACACUGCCAAUCGAUCCUCAAAGAUCCGUCUUUUGUCCCGAUCGAGGAAGUCGAAGUUCGAGACGAGGAAAUCAUCAAGUUGAGAGGAGGUUGGGAAAAGAUGGCAAGCCGAUGGAAGGAGGCGGUAACAAUGAUGGACACCUGGCGGCGACGAACGGUGGAGAAUAAUGAAGGGCUGUCCAGGGACGAUCUGUCGAGGCUCGAGUUCGGAAAGAGUGUAGCUAUGCUACCUAACGGGCAACCUGUCUUUGGGACAGACGAUGAACUGUCGUCGAUAUUAUACGAGAGCAGUAAGCUGGAAGAAGGGGAACAAGAACCCGAGCACGGAGAAUUUCCCGCAAACUCCGAACAGGAAAACAUUGGACAUCGUACAUCAACGCGAAGCAACAUCGUGAAAAGAGGUCCAGCUAAGAGAGAACUACCAGUUGUCGAGCCAGACCUCGACAUCCCUCCAGCACACGAACGAUCGCCUAAAAGGCGAGCUUCCAUUGCACGCAAAGCCGGCAAUUUGGGCAAGCCAAUUCGACCAUUGCAGGCAACUGAAUUGAGCCAUCUGAAUCGCUCGCCUAAGCCUGGUUCGCAGAGGUGGACGGAGUCGAGAGAGAGCGCAGACUCCGGCAUUGGCAGUCUAGAUGGCGGGAUAGAUGGCAAGCCAGACUCGGACGAUGACGACGAGAACUAUGGACGCGAGCCAGGGAAACGAGCGAUGGAUUUGGAAUCUCGGAUUCCACGUCAGGUCAAACGGCACGGGCCCGUGCUAUCUAUAAACGAAAAACUCAUCGCGGUAGAGGCGGAAGCUCUGGAAACUCAGCGAGACCUGAAAUCAGCCGAUAGCACCACAAGCAGGAAACGAAAACACGGAGCCAAUGCCGCGAAGACGAGAAAGGCAUCACGGAGGAGAAGCACACUGAGUCCGGAGGAGCUGGCUGAGUUGAUGGGUAUCGAGUAA